GCAGCGGUGAUUCAAAAGCAUGCAGUGAUCGGGUUAUUUCGAUUGCCGCUUUCUUCGUGAAUCUUUCGUGAAAUAUAGUUCGCUAUAAUAAGCGUUUUCAAAAAAAAAAAAUUGUACGGUAUUUGUUACUACUUUUUUAUAUACUUUAUGUGACUACUUUUUUUUGGUACAAGAUUUGUUAGUUUUUUAUUUAUAUUUUUUUAUAAUUUAAUAAGAUUUGUUAGUUUUUAGGUUGAAUUGAUGAAAAAGAUUUGCUACUUUUUUUUUCACGACAAUAUCUGAUUUAUUUGAUCGUCCAAUUUUAUUCGAGAUCAAUUUUACCUUAAAAGAGGUUUAUUUAUUUAUAUAUAAGGCUCUAAUUUAGGAAUAGAAGUUGCUCAAACAAAUUGUAUACAAGAUCGGUGCCACCGCAACAUCAUCCGCCAGGUUCCGACGAGACUCUCUCACACACCGUGUUCAUCUCCUUCUAUUCCUGGAUCGGUCACUGCUCAGGUGCAUUACCAUUCUUUUCUAGUAUGGAUCACAUCAGUGAAUUGCCUGACGAAAUCUUGUCUCAUAUACUGACAAUGUUACCCGUCAAAGAUUUAUUGAAAACCAGUUUAUUGUCUAGAAGGUGGUGCAAGCUUUGGUUUCUAAGGAGAGAUCUCCACUUUGAUAUCUUCCACGUGCUUGGAAAGAGCGAGCAAGAAGUAUUUCAAAUCAGGGAUAGUAGUCAUAAUUCUAUUAUGGAGAGACGCCGCGUCCAACUGGAUAUCAAUAUGGAUGAAUUUGUAAAACGAGUAGAUCAAUUUGUCAAGAGUUUUCAAGGCAUAAAGAUAGAUUCUUUCUUUGUGAGCUUCUAUUUAAAUGGUAAACACGGUGAUAUUAUUGAUCAAUGGAUUCGUUUUGCAAUUGCAAGGGGAGUUGAAACCAUCAAUCUACCCUUAUUAGCAAUGCCUUCCGCUUAUGCUAUUGAUACUACUCCAUCCAAACUACGAUACAAGUUUGCCCUUGACUUAUUUUCGGAUACUAAUGCUUCAACUCUAAAGCAUAUGCGUCUCGAACAUUGUCUUGUUUCCCAUCCUACCAACUCUGACUAUAUUCCCUUCAAAAAUUUGAGAUCUCUUUCACUUUUUCGUGCAAAAGUGGAUGAAAUUUUCAUUGAAAGUCUGUUAUCUAAUUGUCGACGGCUUGAAGAGCUUCACUUAAUUUAUUGUGAGUUAAGAUCAUGGAUGCCAAAGAUAAUGAGUUCAUCCUUAUGUCAUCUCAAGGUUGGAGCAUGCUAUAUUGUAUCUGACAACUCCCGGGUGAAUAUAAACCUGAUUUCACUAGAUUGCCUUAAACUCACUUCAUUGGAGUACAUUGGAUAUAGUUUGGUUACCUUGAACAUUAAUACCCCUUUGUUGAAGAGCAUUCGUUGCGCUGUUCAUUAUGGUGAAGAUCCUAAUGUACUUGCACUCUUUGCAACUCUUCCUAAACUUGAGAUUAUGAGAUUGGACAUCUCUUCAAUGGACCUUACUUCUCUAAAAAUAACUCAACCAUUCAAACAUCUUAAGCAAUUGAACAUCAUCCUUUUCUCACCUUUCGAGACUGUAGAACAUUCGAAAUUCGAUCUUUUGGGGAUUGUAACCCUUCUACGAGCUUCUCCGCUUUUGCAUAAGCUUUCUGUAAUGAUCACAUAUCCAAUGAUCAUUGAAAAUCAGAAAGUUGUCAAGGAUAUUGAAUGCACUCACGAUGAAAUCAAAGUUAUUGAAUUGAGAGGUUGUGUUGGCAAUUGGUAUGAAAUUGAGUUUGUUAUGAAUGUUCUAAAAUAUGCCCAUAAACUUGAGGAAAUAGUUUUGAGUCCCUAUUGGAGAGUUCAUGAUUCAUUCAAUUGGAAGUUUGAUCCUAUAUGGUUUCAAGAUAGGCGUCAAAUGAUUAGUGAAAAACUUCAAAGUGAAAAUGUAGUUGGAAGAGAGAAACUUGUGCUCAUAUAAAAUGUAUAAUGUCUUUUUAUGUUAUGAUGUAAUGAUAGGAUAAUAUUAAUAUUUAUAUUGCUGGUAAUUUUAUUACUUGUAAUCAUUGCAAUUGCAUUUGACUACCAUGAUAAUAAUUUUAAAUCAGUAGAAUUUUUUUGUUCAAUUG